UAGUCGUACUACGAUUUGCUAACAUUAUGCGGUGGUCAUGUAAUAUGUAAUGGGCUGAAAUUUCGCCGUACCGUUCAAACAUUUACUAAUAUGCACUGCUGCAAUAACGCAUUAUACAGUAUGUAUAUGGUCGUAACUGUCUGAUGCAGUGCUUUGGUAUAAUACCGAACGCAAAUUCAUCCCAUUUUGCUGUGUGUUCAUGCGCAUCAAUCUCAGCAUUUUUGUGCUUACAAUAAAGUCUUACUUCGAGCAGCGUAUAUUUUGUUAUCGCCAUUCUUGUUGUUACUGAAGUUUCCGUCAUUCAUAUUUUACCGUUCUGAAAAGAAGAGCUAAGAAACGGGAGUUUUGUUUUUUCUUCCCAAAACUAAAUAAGCUGCUCAUCGAAAGACGAAAAAACAAACUGAUGGGAAACAAGCAUUCGAUGCCAGCUUGGUGUAUGACUGGAACGGCAGGCGGUUGCAAUGCUCAAAUUCUUCCCGUGUCCUGUGCAGAAGAGCUCACUCUAAAAUGUCCUCUUCGGAUUCCGGAAGUCUACUGAUCAACGAGAAUUUCAGUCAAAAUGCUCCAGUUCUGCGAUCGGUUUUUGACCCGAAUCCAGUAGCUGCAGCGGAUGCCGGUGGACCACUGGCUGUUACACCGGGCAGCACACCGGCAACGUUAACAGAGCAGAAAACGGUUUCCGAACCAGAUGACAUAUUGCCAGCGGAAACGCAGGAUGUGGUGCAGAAGCUGCUCUUGGCCGUCGGAAUAGGACAGCUUUUUGUGGCCGCCGCUGGCAUUGCUUUAUUGUCCGUUUUAGGAUACACAAUAGCCGGCGGAAUUCUUAUUGGAGCAGCUUGUUUUCUGGCCAUUGCCACGCUGGUCACGUACUCCCUGUUUCGCUACGCCCGUAAGCAGUCCGUUAAGAAAAAGCUACUGGAUGAAUUUUCCUUAUCCAAGACCUUCGAGGUCAUCCGCAGUCUCCUGCUGGCCAUCGCCGUCACCAUGAUCUUGGCGGUGGCGUCCACCAUCCAGGGAGCGGUCCUACUGGGCAACGCCGGCACGAUGAAUGUACCUUUUCUUCCGUUCAUCGACCCCUUUGUCUAUCAACGCACAGUCACCUACAUGUUCAUCUGGCUGGGAUCGGGCAGCCUUGCCCUGGGCGUCCUGGGAAUCCUGGUUGAAGCAGUAUUCUUGCACCGACUGUACAGAUUGUUUCGGGAACUGCGCGAUCUCUCGCCGGGAGAUGGCUUCUUCUCCAUAGAACGACCACUGCCCCGGAGGCGGAGCAGCGCGGUUAGUGAAGAAAACAAUGGUAAAAUGAUAAUCGCACCUAAUGGGACCUAUUCAACGUAUGUCCGUUAUAUUGAUGUUCCGGCAAACGGAUCGCCGGAACCGGUGCGGCACGGCUCCGCAACAGAUGUAUGACAAUUUUCUGAAAACUGAUUUGUUUUUCUUUUCCGUACGAGACUGCGGUUGAUGAAUCAACGACGAAUGUGGUAGCAUUGUCCAAAAGUCCAAAGACUGCUCGUUGCAUUUCAGUGAAGCGCUUUUUCUAAAAUUGCCUUAGCGCCGGAAGAGUAUCUAGUAACUUCGUAAUUAAAAAAAGA